UUCCCAUUUAACCUUGAAGUCUAUUUUAACUUCGAUAUCUUAAUUCCAAUCUCUGUGUUGGUUCAGCACGUCGCAUAACACCGUUCCUACACGUUACCUUUCAAUGAUCUGGCUGCUUACUGAGUCUCACAAGACUGCCAAAGAUUUGAAUUCUUGUUCAUGAAAAUGAGUAUAAAUUGUGAGCAAGAUAAAGUCGAGGUUAAUGAAGAUAAUUAUUCUCGGCCCAAUAUUGAUCAAGGAAGGGAUCCUCAACUUCAAACUUCCAGUAUUCUGAGUAGCUACUUCACUGAGGAGUCAACAUCGGAAGAUCCGUUCGGUCCUGUUUGUGACUCCAGUCCUACUGAGUUGAUAAAGGAGUCGGAAUCAAUUGACAAUCCUGAUAUAUCAAAAAAGUAUACUGAGUUAGAGCCUCAACAAGAUGCUAGUAGUUUGAAUCGUUUAAGACAACGUGAUGCUUGGUUACCGUCUGAAUCAACUCAAAAAGUAUUACUUAAUCCAACUUCUGGAAAUAAAUCACUUGAAAUCAGACCUAUUCUUAUGGGAAAAGAUUAUGAAUUUGGUGGUACGAGUAACAAUUUUGCAUUUGAUCCAUUUCAUUAUUUAUUGGCUCAGUAUACGGGUGAUGAACCAUAUGUUGUGAAUGCUAUCCGACAAUCUCCAUCUAUUGACUUGAAAAAUCAAAGCGUUGAUGAACUUAAAAAAUUAAUUACCAAUGGAUGGUAUACUUGUGCACUGAAUCUUACCUAUCGUAUUCUUUCAACUUCAGGUUUUAUUGAAGGUGAAACUGAAGCUGUUUUAACUCCAUAUACUGCUCAGAUCUGGUUAAGUCGGCUGGCCUUAUUAAUUCGUACACAAAAUUACGAGUUAGCUGAACGUGAAUUUGCUACUUUUCAUAAUAUGGAUGCACCAAAUUUUUAUUUUGAAUAUUUCCCUCAACGAUAUCCUGGACGAACAGGUUCGAUUAUUCCAUUUUCACUAAGAUUAUUACAUGCUGAAUUACCAUUUCAUUUAAAUCGUACAAAUGAGGCAUUAGAUCGUUUAUAUUAUUUAUUAGCUAUUAUAAAUCGUAUUCGAAGUAAUUUAGAAAAAGGUUUUAAAGAGGAUGGUUCAAUAGGUGAAUCAGAUCCGGUUUAUCAACAAGAUUCAUUAAAUUUAUGGACUGCACGUAAAAUUCGUGUACUUUCCAGUUGUUUGUCAAUAUUUCUACAUAAAUUAGAUUAUCAAUCAGCAGUGACUAUUGUUAAGCAAUUAAUACAUUUAUGCAAUAAUAAUAAUAAUAAUAAUAAUAAUAAUAAUAAUAAUAAUAAUAAUAAUAAUAAUAAUAGUAAUAAUCAAGUUGUGCUUAAAGGCUUCUAUAGUCUACUUGGUCGUAUACAUUUACAAUUUGGUAAUUUACAAAUGGCUAAAACACUUUUCGACAAAUCACUGCCUACUACAAACAGUCCAUUGGAUAAUAAACCUCAAUUAUUAAUACGUAAUAAUUUUCAGAAUGCUUUGUUAUCAAUCGGUAAAGGGGAAUAUGAAGAAGCGAAAAAGUUCUUACAAACAGUAUUACAAUUAGAUCCUACAAAUGUAGCGGCCGCGAAUAAUUUAGCUAUUUGUGAUUUAUAUCUUGGACGAUUAUCAAAAUCCAUUGGUGCUUUGGAAGAGUUAACAACACGUGGACUAACUACUACUACUCAUCAAUCAUUGAAUACUUUAGACGAUAAUUCUACUACUAGUACUACCACUGCUACUACAUCUCACCACCACAUGUUCUACAAUACAAUACAAUCUCGUCGAUUUUGCUUACACGAUGUAAUGAUUUCCAAUUUAUCUGUUCUAUAUGAAGUGGAAUCAGAUUUGGCUACAUUGAAAAAAGUGAAUUUAUUAAAAGAAUUAAUUAAUAAAAUGUCUGGUGAACCAGUGCAUAUAUCAUCGUUUAAAUUGGCAAUGAAAUGAAAAUAUGCAGAAAGUUAAAAGGCAAAUAAAUAUUGGUGAUAAUUGUAAAUUUCUCUAACUUAUAACAUUCACUGUAUUUUUAUUUAUUGAUUAAUAUGAUAAGAAAAUGUUUUUU